AGGUUUCCUCUGCAGCCUCCUGCUCUGCCCCUGCUGCCCGGUGGGCCUUGGAGCCAUGGCCACGGAGGAGAAGAAGCCGGAGAGCGAGGCCGCCAGACCUCAGCCCACGCCCUCCUCAUCAGCCACACAGAGCAAGCCUACGCCCGUGAAGCCCAACUACGCCCUCAAGUUCACCCUGGCUGGCCACACGAAAGCUGUGUCCUCUGUGAAGUUCAGCCCCAAUGGCGAGUGGCUGGCCAGCUCCUCUGCCGAUAAACUCAUUAAAAUUUGGGGCGCGUAUGACGGGAAAUUUGAGAAGACCAUAUCUGGUCACAAGCUGGGAAUAUCCGACGUGGCCUGGUCCUCGGAUUCUAACCUCCUCGUCUCCGCCUCCGACGAUAAGACCCUGAAGAUCUGGGACGUGAGCUCGGGGAAGUGCCUGAAGACCCUUAAAGGGCACAGUAACUACGUGUUCUGCUGCAACUUCAACCCGCAGUCCAACCUCAUCGUGUCGGGCUCGUUUGACGAAAGCGUGAGGAUAUGGGACGUGAAGACGGGCAAGUGCCUCAAGACGCUGCCUGCGCACUCGGACCCCGUGUCUGCCGUUCAUUUCAACCGCGAUGGGUCCUUGAUUGUAUCGAGCAGCUAUGAUGGCCUCUGUCGCAUCUGGGACACCGCCUCUGGCCAGUGCCUCAAGACGCUGAUCGAUGACGACAACCCGCCAGUGUCCUUCGUGAAGUUCUCUCCAAAUGGCAAAUACAUCCUCGCUGCCACCUUGGACAACACGCUGAAGCUGUGGGACUACAGCAAGGGCAAGUGCCUGAAGACCUACGCCGGGCACAAGAAUGAGAAGUACUGCAUCUUUGCCAACUUCUCUGUGACUGGCGGCAAGUGGAUCGUGUCCGGCUCCGAAGACCACCUGGUGUACAUCUGGAACCUGCAGACCAAGGAGGUCGUCCAGAAGCUGCAGGGCCACACAGAUGUGGUGAUCUCCACAGCAUGCCACCCCACCGAGAACAUCAUCGCCUCGGCCGCGCUGGAGAAUGACAAGACCAUCAAGCUGUGGAGGAGUGACUGCUAGGCCCUGCGUGUGCCGCGCAGGGGACUGGGCGGGCCGCGCGGGCCGCGCCUCCAGGGCCGGCCGGAGCCCCGGGGCAGUGGGCCAGGGCCGCGGCAGGGACGCUCCCUCCACGUGUGCUGAGUCGGCAGCGUUCUGAUUUUGUUCUUCAAGGGUGACGUUCAGUUUCUCGUGAGUUGUGUCUUUCCAGUAAACGUCCUGCACCUUU